AUGGGCAGCAACAGCAUGUUCGACGAACAGCCCAGCCUGAUCCAGAUCUUCGACCCGGACACGGCACCCACCCCGACGCCACCCACCCCGCUGGUCCUGAUCCACGACGGCGGCGGCACCAUCUUCUCGUACCACUGCCUGGGCGAGCUGGGCCGCACCGUGCACGGCAUCGCGAACCCCCACUACGAGUCCGCCCAGCCCUGGGCGGGCGGCAUCCCCGAGAUGGCCCGCCAGUACCUGGCCUAUGUCGAGUCCGUCAUCGCGCCCGGGGGCGAGGUGAUUCUUGGUGGGUGGUCCCUGGGCGGGCUGCUCGCGCUGGAGAUGGCGGCGCAGGCGGCCGCUGCUGACCAGGGGCGGAGGAUCCGGGUGGUGGGCAUUCUGAUGGUGGAUUCGGUGUGUCCGGUGGCGCCGGCGGAGGGCGCGCCGCGCCCGGCGCUGGUGGUGCCGCAUGCGGUGCAGUGGCAUGAGCAUACGCGCCCGGAGACGCGCGAGAAGGUGACGUGGUGCUUUGCCGAGGCGGUGCGCAUGGUGGGGGAGUGGACGCUGCCGGUGUGGGAGGGCAAGGCCGGGGGUGGGCCGAGCCCGCCGCCCGUGGUGAUGCUGCGCGCGCGGGAGAGGGUGCCCGUGGAGGUAGGGGUGAGCAGGGUGGACUUGCACCGGUCGGAUCGGCUGCUGGGGUGGGGGGGUUAUAGGAAGGAUCUGAUCAAGGAGAUCAUUGAUAUCCCGGGGCAUCAUUAUAAUGUUUUUGAUACCGAGGAUAACUUGGAUGCGGCUACCGAGGCGAUUAUGACGGCUUGUUCGGUGAUUGAAAGGUUGGAUGCUAGCCGGGCGUUUUCCUGA